UCAGCCUAACAUCGACUCACCUAAAAAAAUCAAUACAAACAUUUCUUCAUCGUUUAUCUUGUCUAUAACGAACCAAAGUUAUGUAGUUGUGUAUGAUACGUGAUCGACUAUUCAAUCAAGUUGAUGGUCACGGUAAGACUGUUUUGUGGCGAUGUAAACGGCAACUUCAAUUCCUUGUUUUCCCGCGUCGAAACUAUUGUUAAAAAAUCAGGGCCAUUUGAUGUUCUGCUUUGCGUUGGAAAUUUUUUCGGAGACGAUAAUUCGCAGUUAGACGCCUAUCGUAUGAGGACGAGAAAAGUACCAGUAACUACAUAUGUUUUUGGUCCUAGUAAUCCCAAUCAUGUUAAAUAUUAUGUGGAGGAAGGGUUAGAAAUUGUACCAAAUGUUAUUUAUAUGGGCAGAAGAGGAAUAUUCACAACCAGUACUGAUGUGAAGAUAGCAUAUUUAACUGGUCUGUCAAGAAGAGAGUUGGGUAAAGAGAUACCAUCAUGUACAUUUGAGCCCAGUGACUGUAGUGCUGUACGAGAUGCCUGUUAUAGAGCUCAAAGUGAAUAUAGAGGUGUUGAUGUACUUAUUACAACAUUGUGGCCAAUGGGCAUACAGCAAGAUGAGUGUCAGAAGGUGAAUGUGGAAGAAGAGAGAUUAUCAAACUUAAUAGCAUGGCUUUCUAUCCAUCUGAAGCCAAGGUACCAUCUUGUGCCUUCACCAGAUAAACAUUUUGAGAGACAGCCAUAUAGAAAUCAAGGCAUCCACCAAGAUUACAGAGAAUGUGCCACAAGAUUCAUAGCAUUAGCUCCAGUUGGAAACAAAGCAAAAGAGAAGUGGAUAUAUGCUUGCUCAUUGCAACCUAUAACAAAAAUGCGGAUGACAGAUUUAUUACAAGGCACUGUAGAUGAGACUGAAUGUCCGUUUAAUCCAGAAUUGCUAAAGCAGCAUCAACCUGGCAAGGUUGUUCAGAUAUCUGGAAAUGGGCAAUUUUUCUUCAACAUGGAUGCUGGAGAUGAUGACAGUGGUAAAAGAAAAAGGAAAGGUGGGGACAAUCCUGAAAGGAAAAGAAGAGAAAUAGAUCCAGAUUCAUGUUGGUUCUGUCUAUCUUCGCCAACGGUAGAGAAGCACCUCGUGAUAUGUGUGGGUCGCCAUUGCUAUCUCGCUCUGCCCAAGGGUCCUCUCACACCAUACCAUGUGCUCAUACUGCCUAUUGCUCAUCAUCAGUCCAUUACAAAGUCACCUGAUGAAGUAAUCAAAGAAAUAAAAAUGUUCAAGGAAGCAUUGAAGAAGUUCUAUACAUCGAUAGGCAAAUCAAGUGUGUUCUUUGAGAGGAAUUUUAAAACAUCUCACAUGCAGAUACAGUGUGUGCCCGUGCCGAAGGAGUCUGAAUCCCAGAUACUUGAAGUGUUUCAGGACGAGGCUGGCAUAAACCGGAUAGAACUGGAAGUGCUGCCCCCGUACACGGAAAUAGCGCAAGUGACGCUACCGGGCGCGCCGUACUUCCACGCGGAGCUGCCCUCUGGCGAUCAGAUAUACGCCAAGACGAAACAACACUUCCCACUGCAGUUCGGACGGGACGUAUUGUCGAGUCCGCCAAUACUGAACUGCGAGGACAAGGCGGACUGGCGCCAGUGCCUGCUGUCCCGCGAGGAGGAGGACUCGCACGUGGCGGCGUUCCGCAGCCAGUUCCGCCCCUACGACUUCACCGCGGACGACGAUAGCGAUAGUGAUUAGUUUGAAAAUGGAAUUCGUGAGUCAUUUUUUUUCUUUGUUAUUGGUGGCCAGGAUGUACUCGAUUUGCCUUAACACCUUAUUUGUGAUCCAAUUUUGUAUUUCUGCUAAUGUUUGGUUAAAGUGCAUGUGCAUUGAAGAUUCAAAUGUUCUCUGUUUUAAACAACUAUUUAUGUAAUAUGUUUAACUUAUAGAGUUAAAUUGAAGCAAUAAUUAUGUUUUAAAAUUUGUAUUUGAAACUGUAAUUUUUUAUUAUUACACUUCAGGAAAAUGGAAUAUGUAAGUCACUUAAUUAAUUGAAUUGUUUGAAAUAUUUCAAAAUUAAAUUAACUGAAAUUAUUAAUUCAUUUUAAUA